ACAGUUUUAACUUAGAUUAUAUUUUUAUCCUAUAUCUAACAUCAGGAAACGUAUACGAUCCUUCUAUAUUGGAGGCUUUUAUUUUCCUGACAUUCACCGCUUUCACUCCUACACAUGGAGAGCGACGCGCAGACGGAGUGGAGUUUGGCUUUAGGGGGCGACUUAGUCGCCGGCGACGAGCCUGUGUGCGCCCCUUUCUGGUCCGUCCGCGCUCCAGCCACUCUGUGGCCAGUUCCGGGUCUUCUAGGUGCUCCAGUAGCCGAAGAGGACGCGUCGCCGGGCCGCUGCGAGCUCGCCGCUAUGCCCAAAGCGCAGGACCAGGACACCCAGACUGAAGACUGGACAGAGGAGAAAGGCUCCAACACUAGCGAUGACUGGGUUGCUGUCAUGCGCUCUAUAGAUGAGUACAGCUCCAGGCUGCAGUCACAGUACGAGUCUCUGUUGAAGCAGGAAGAUACUGACCAGACUGGACACGCGCUCCUCCUCGAGAGUCUGAAGAAAACGAGGGAUGAAAAGAAACGGCAGCACCAGAUUCUGCUCGAUAAGAUCGAGUCACUGCAGGUGAAGCUGGAACUGAACAGCAGUAAGACCACCCGGAAAAACUUCUCCGCAAAGCUAGAAGAAUUGACCGCAGAGAGGGACCGACUGGCAGAGGGGAAGAGAAGGUUGACUCAGGAGUUGGAGGAGGCAGACAGGAAGCUGAAGCAGCUUACUGAGGAGCAAAACAACGAGAAACUUUCCUGGGAACAGGAGAUAGCUGAUCUGCAGGAGAGGAAAGAGAGACUUUCAAAACAAGUGGAAGAAGACAGUCAGAUGGCUCUAAAAGACGAGGUACAAGCUCUGGAAUCUCAGAGAUUGUUGGCGAUUGCUCACGUGGAAGACUGGCUAGCAGAAGCUGAAAGAUACCUGAGCAACCUCAGGAUGGAACAAACACCACAGCAUGGCCGACAGCGGAUAGAGUGGGAGAAAAAUGUGGUGAUUGUGCGAAACAGCCUGACUAAACUACAGAAUAUGUAUAAUGAAAACAUUAAGCUUCUACAGAGUGGACAGCAGCUGAACAGUUUACCCCCAGUGUCCUUGCCGUCACUGCCUGUUGUGCCCACGAUUGAGUUGUUCAUGAGUCCACUCAGAAACCUAAUGCAGAUGGCGUAUUACGGUGGUCCUAUGGUUCGUAUCCCUCCUCCCAGCGAGUUCCACCUCGCUGGUGCCCCGGCCCACAGAGUCACCCCUCCGCUCUCUUAUAGCUCGUCCCAAAACCAUUCAGCUUCCACCAUGACGUCUUCAUCACACGCAGUCAGACCGAAGCCCCAGCUGUCCAUGCCCACAAGUUUACCCCCGCAACCCCCCUUCCGCAUGCCCGUCAUGCCUUCAGCUCACCCCCUACCCCCCCCACACACCUUACCACAUACCAUCGCACCCGCUGGGACCCACGGCGGCCCUGGACCUGCUCAAGUCUCCACAGCAGCAACUCACAUUGCUGUUUCCACAGCAACAGCUCAGGCAGCGGGUUUGCCAGCCCAGGCAGCAGCAGGACGGCAGCAUGGGACCCUCACAGCUGCCCCCGCCCGAAAUGCCUCCUCCUACACUGUCCUGGAGAGACUGGAGAGACAGUUCCCCCAGUGCACCAGACCUCAGCUGAUGAGUGUGCUGCAGCAGAUUAAGAGUGAGCGUGGCACUAUGGCUGGCAUGUCCAUAGACAAGGUCAUGCAACAGGUGUCCCAGAGACUGGCCCAGAACGACCGCCCGCCUCCAGGCCCUAUAGCUCCUCCUGGUUCUCGCGUCUUUGCUGGUCCUCUUGGUCCAGUCCAGAGGCCUUCAGUCCAACCUAUGGCCGUGCAUCCCCCUAUCAGAACCUCCAGUGCCUCUGUCUUCCAGCCAAGACCCGCACAGGCUCCACCAGUGCGUAAGCUGUGUUUGAUGUGUCAGAAUCAUGUUGAACCUGGAACCCAGUACAACACAAACUGCCCUCACACGCUUCACAAAGAGUGCAUCAGUGUGUGGCUGAAGUCCAGCAAGGACCACUCCUGCCCCUUCUGCCCCAGCAAAUGAGCGACUGUAAGACUUGAUGUUUAGUUGACGUUUAGUAAGUCAGGACAGUCAAAGAUCUGCAAUAUUAAAGAUUCUGGUUGUUUCUUUUUUUCUUUUUUUUUCAACCUUACAACUCACCAGCCCUGCUCAUAUUCAUCUUUGUUUCCUAUACAGUCGUAUGUAAAAGUUUAGGCAGCCCUUUUUGAAAAUUCAUGAUUUGUUUUUUAAAAGUUAAACAAACUUCUGCACGGAUAAAGCACAGUCACCGUUCAUUUUGCUGAGUGUAACAUCGUCACGAGACAAAACACAAAAUGUGGCCUGUGCAAAAGUUCUAGCACGUGCUGUAUUGUUUCCUGUAGGUAACACUUGAACUAAUUUUCAAUUAGAAAAUCAACAAACCUUAACAUGGAGCAGCUGUUCACUGUGUUCUGUUCAUAGCUUUUGUGCCAUUUCUGUGGCUCUCUGGGUAACCAGAAAGGGCAUAUCAUUAACAGAAACUGAUAAACUGGUGGCUGCUCCUGAAUAAUGGGAUGUUACCAAAGUGGUAAAUUAAAGUUGCUUUAAGAUGGGAUGAGACGUUUAAUCGUAAAAGUUAAAGAAGACUGGAUGUGGUUUAAUUUCAGUACGAAAGACUCUGUUCAUAAAAAUGUAAUAAUGACUAUCUUUUAUAAUGUUUUCUAUUACACCUUUGUUAUUUUUUAAAUUAACGACAAUAAAUAUUUAAAAGUUG